GCGCCCCGGAGCCGCCUGCACGGACGGAGCCCACAACGGCCAGGGCAGUGCCGCGGCCAGACGCGGAGGACCUGAGCAGGCAGGCGCAGGCGACCCCGAGCUGAGCCCCGGAGCCAUGGCCCUGACCGAGCUGGCGCUGCUGCGCUGGCUGCAGGAGAGACGCCACUCGCGGAAGCUCAUCCUCUUCAUCGUGUUCCUUGCGCUGCUGCUGGACAACAUGCUGCUCACCGUCGUGGUCCCUAUCAUCCCGAGUUACCUGUACAGCAUUGAGCAUGAGAACACUACAGACACCCAGACCUCCAGGCCGACGCUCACGGCCUCCACUGGGGACAGCUUCCGGAACAUCUUCUCCUAUUACGACAACUCUACCAUGGUCACUGGGAAUGUCACCGGAGACCUACAGCAGGGGCAGCUGCGUAAGGCCACCACACCGCACAUGGUGACCAACACGUCCUCUGCCCCUUCUGACUGUCCCAGUGAACAAAAAGACCUUCUGAAUGAAAACGUGCAGGUUGGCCUGUUGUUUGCCUCGAAAGCCACUGUCCAGCUCCUCACCAACCCUUUCAUAGGGCUGCUGACCAACAGAAUUGGCUACCCGAUUCCCAUGUUUGCAGGAUUCUGCAUCAUGUUUAUCUCAACAAUUAUGUUUGCCUUCUCCAGCAGCUAUGCUUUCCUGCUGAUCGCCAGGUCGCUGCAGGGCAUCGGCUCCUCCUGCUCGUCUGUAGCUGGGAUGGGCAUGCUUGCCAGCGUGUACACAGAUGAUGAAGAGAGAGGCAACGCCAUGGGGAUCGCCUUGGGAGGCCUGGCCCUGGGGGUCCUAGUGGGUCCCCCUUUUGGGAGCGUGCUCUACGAGUUUGUGGGGAAGACGGCUCCAUUCCUGGUGCUGGCCACCUUGGUGCUUUUGGAUGGAGCUAUUCAGCUCUUUGUGCUCCAGCCUUCCCGGGUGCAGCCAGAGAGUCAGAAGGGGACCCCCCUCAUGACCCUGCUGAAGGACCCCUACAUCCUCAUUGCCGCAGGCUCCAUCUGCUUUGCCAAUAUGGGGAUCGCCAUGCUGGAGCCGGCCCUGCCCAUCUGGAUGAUGGAGACCAUGUGUUCCCGAAAGUGGCAGCUUGGCAUUGCCUUCUUGCCAGCUAGCAUCUCUUAUCUCAUUGGAACCAAUAUUUUUGGGAUACUUGCGCACAAAAUGGGGAGGUGGCUUUGUUCUCUUCUAGGAAUGAUAAUUGUUGGAAUCAGCAUUUUAUGUAUUCCUUUUGCAAAAAAUAUUUAUGGGCUCAUAGCUCCGAACUUUGGAGUUGGUUUUGCAAUUGGAAUGGUGGACUCGUCCAUGAUGCCCAUCAUGGGCUACCUGGUGGACCUGCGGCACGUGUCCGUCUAUGGCAGCGUGUAUGCCAUUGCAGAUGUGGCGUUCUGUAUGGGAUACGCUAUAGGUCCUUCUGCUGGCGGUGCUAUCGCAAAGGCAAUCGGAUUUCCAUGGCUCAUGACAAUUAUUGGGAUAAUUGAUAUUCUUUUUGCUCCUCUCUGCUUUUUUCUUCGAAGUCCACCUGCCAAGGAAGAAAAAAUGGCUAUUCUCAUGGAUCACAACUGUCCUAUUAAAACAAAAAUGUACACCCAGAAUAAUAUCCAGUCAUAUCCAAUAGGUGAUGAUGAAGAAUCUGAAAGUGACUGAGACCUUCAAAAGUCAUCACAGUAUUUAAUUGUGUAAAACAGUGUUUCCAGUGAAAUGACUCAUCCAGACCUGUCUUAGUCAUAUCAUCCAUCCCUGGUUAAAGAGGAAAACAACCAAAGGUUAUUAUUUCUUUUCCAUGGUUAUGAUUGAUUGCCAACAGCCUUAUAAAGAAAAAGAAGCUUUUCUAGGGGUUUGUAUAAAUAGUGUUGAAACUUUAUUUUAUGUAUUUGAUUUUAUUAAAUAUUAUACAAUAUAUUUUGACGAAAUAGGUAUAGUGUAAAUCUAUAAAUAUUUGAAUCCAAAUCAAAUAUAAUUUUUUAACUUACAUUCAUGAACACUUGGGCAAAAAUCUUGUAUUUUUUCUGAAUUUUGGUAAUGAGUGUUUAAAACUAAAGCACACAUUAUCUCUGAGACUCUUCUAACAAAGAGAAACUAGAAGGAAAUCUGAAAAACAGAAUCGAUAAGACAGCAUGUUAUAUUAGUCACACUGAAUGAGUGUAGUCAUUAUCAAUACAGACAUGAAUUAAAAGCUAGUUAUCUCAAGUAUAGAGGACAAGCACUUGAGUCAGUCAUCUUUUGGAUUUAUCCAUAAAUCUUAAAUGGCAUUAGUUUUCACCUACCUGGAAAGAGAUGGUUGUAAAUUAUGUUUACAUGCCAUGUGGUUGGCAGCCGACAUAAAGCCAACUAGGAGAAAAUACUAAAUGUUCUGAAAGCAGAGCUAAGUACUCAAACAUAUAGUUUUGAACUAGCAGCUUUCCCUUUAAGAUGUAUAUUUGCUUCUUAGCGGAAGAAAGACAAUUGAGGGGUGUACGUAUGUAACAUUGCCAGAGUUGUUUAAGCAAAGUUUAUCAACACCUAGUUCAAGUUUCAGAAAAGGAAAUUGAAUAGGCUAAUGGCUGCUCUGCCUUGGAAAAUCAGACUAUACUAUCUUAGACCUGUCUUGCAGGUUAUCCAAGUGUUUUCUAGGGAUUAUUAAUUUUAAGUUCUAAAAUUAUUUUUUAGACUUCCUGAAAGUUAUGAAAACAGACUUUUAACAAGGAUGGGAGGGACACAAUUGUGUUUAGGAAAACAGGUUAAAAAAAAAAAAAACAGGGUGGUGGACUCAUCCCUUUUCACAGGCAGAAAAGAAAAACCAAACAUCUAAAAAAUAUGUUAAUGUGUCAUCUAGUGGGCAGUGUAGUGUAGUUUUUUUCUAGGCAUGAAAACAUUGAUGUGCCUUUUCAGUGCAACAGCAGAUACCAUUAGUGAACAGUGUCGGUUUUUGUUGUUUUGUAUGAGAUAUGACUGGAGUGUGAAGAUGUCUCAAAUAAUACUUGUUCAUUCUGCAGUUCUGUCAUCAGAAACAAAAAUUAAUUGAAUGUCAGUUUUGUUAAGCUAGAAUUAAUUGUGUUUGUGUUAACUUGGACAUCCAGGAGCAAAGAACUUUAGAACAAAGACUCCUCAACUUUAGGACUAUUUCUUACUCUCUAGGAAAGUAGCUAAUACUUUUUCUGCUUCAUAAAGCUUCCAUGGUUUGGAGUCUGGUCUCCAAGUGCAGCGUGUUGGAAGCAAACAAGCUUCCUACUCACUUAUUUGCACUGGGUAAUUUAACACAAGUUGGCUAUUUUGCAAGAUGGCACUGGAGGAACUCUUAAUAUGGCUAAAAUAAAAAGGCAGGGCAGUUUCUACUUCUGUAGGGGGAGAGCCUUAAAGAAUGUGCUACCAAUUGGUUCUUUUUGAGGGUUUCUGAUUCUCCUUGCCCGGAAUACAAUUUUCUGUUUGCCUUUAAGGUUCAGCUUCUGUAUGAAUGACUGGCAGAAGCAGGCCUGCUAUUGAUCCCUUGGGUUAAACUAUGUAUCAAGUUUUCAGAACUGUUUUGGGAGCAAAGGAUAGGUUGUAUCUGAGAAAAAGGUCUUAUAUGACUGAUAUUCUGCAUUAGCAAGACUGAAAAAAAAUUUUUUAAAAAAUGUAUGUAUCAGAACAAAGAACAUACAGCAAUCUGAACAUGUAUUUUUUGAACAGAGGUGGUUUUUAUGUUUGUACCUGGUAAUACCGACAAGGUAGCACUGAAUAUUCAACUCUUUCCUUUGACUGCUAUUAUCUAUCCAAGUCAUGUCUGAGCUAGUUUACUUAAUAAAUCUUCUCAACAUUGGACUGGGCCAGUUUGUGUUGUAUAUACACCAGACAUAGGUGCUGGAAUAAAGUAUCUAAGGUGGUAUCAUUUUGACUGUGGAUAUUUAAUUUAAAACUAUUCUGUGCUUGCAGGCAUCAAGUAAAACUACUCAAGGUUAGUUUGCCCGUAUGUUUUGGCUUUCCACAACUGUUUUUAGACUGAAAUAUGUAAUGAGCCACACUAUGUCAAUGUGGAAAAUACCAGUAAGUCAUCCUUGCAUCUGUAAACUUAUUGUUGUCCUGAUUGUUUUGAACAUGUAAACUGUAUUUUAAAAAGUAACAUCCAACCAUCUCACAUUAUAGUGCUUAGCCUGGUUUCUGUAAAACCUUUGGAAUGAGGGACAUUCUGAAUGGCAUACUUGUAUGUAUCUUCCAGGGAUAAAAGCCCACAACUUUAGAUCUUAAAGGGAAGCAUGACUCAAAAGGGAUUGGGGGACUGCCCACUCUUUUUCUGUAAGGGAAGCUGUUUAUCUCAAUUAAUAAUACAUUUUUAGUGAGUUAAAAUUUACUCUAAUUUUAGAGGACUUAAUAUUUUAUUCUUUAUUCUAUUACUGUUAGUAAGGGCCAAAUAUUUUUAAAUUGCUUUUAAAAAAUCCAGAUGUACUUAAAUUUAGAAUUUGACAGAACUUCCAAUAUUCUAAAGCUGUAUGUUCUCCUCCCAGAGUCACAAAAUACCCACACAGUAUUUCAGUCUCAUAUGUCAACAUAUGAUAUUGAGGGAAUGUAAGGCUUGCUAUGAGGAAAUGGGCCUAUUAGUUAUGACUGCUAAAAUGCUGCUCAGCCUGACUGUCCAACUUGGCCAUUCAGAUCUAAAUGCCAGUGUAGAAAAUACACUUUGAAUAAUCUAAUUACUAAUAUACAGCAGAGGCAAACCUAUAAAUGUGAUAAUCCACAGGUUAAGGAAAUAAUGAGAAAAAAAUUAACACUUGAGCAGUUUGCAAAAUAGCAGUUCAUUUAGCAAAAGUGAACUUUGAUAAGCUUGUCUGC